UAUCAACAGAUCGAAGUGUUCACAAUACUACCACACGACAAACUGAUUAAUUAUCAUUCGAUGGUAGCAGUAGCCAACUAUCUGCGGGUAUCAAUCUUCUUCAUCAACUAAAGGUUAAGUAAAGGUUUGCUACUCUUAUAGUUGGACUUUGCAUCUUGGCUCCUCAUCCUUCAUUCCUCGAUUUUCUGGUGAUACACUCACAUUCUACAAUGCCUACUGUGUGGUUCAUGGUUGAUGACACAGACCCCAGACUCAAGUACAAUGGUUCUUGGACUGCCGUGAACAACACAGGAAGCCCCACAAAUGAACCUGGCUCGGAUUUUGACAAGAAGAGCAAAACUGGUUCUGUUUAUAAUGAUACUUUACACUACACUACUGACAGUACUGCCAUUUUCAAUGGUCAACUGCCUUUCAUCAAUUGCACCCUUGAUGGAGUGCCGACAUGGUCUUUUGGUGAUUUAUAUCUGACAGGACUUGCUAACAGCAACAUGCUUGCAUGUCGCGCUGAUUCCAGAAUCGGAGGUUCAUCUCCAGGUGAACAUGAACUUCUGAUCAAUGUCACUAAUUAUCCAAACUCGGACUGGUAUUUUGACUACAUUACCUACGAAAGUUUGAACAAUCCUGCAUUCAAUGGAGAAGUAUUACAGGCUGGGAAUGCAGAGCUUAUUGAUGUCUCGAACUACAGCAUGAUCACCUUUGAUGCGGGGUGGACUGGUACUAGUAAUGAUACAACUGCAACAAACAUUCCUGGGUCUAAAGCAAUCCUCAAGUUCAAUGGGACAUCCUUGUCUCUUUAUGGAGAUACUUCUGGUAGUGUGUCCAACACUGCAUCAUAUCAGGUCGACAAUGAAGAGCCUGUGGGUUUUCAAUUACCUGCAGUUCCACCUGGUUCCACCUCAUUGGCCAAGCAACUGCUAUUUACAACUAGCAAUCUUAGUGUUGGGGAACACACAGUAUCUGUGGUUUUCAAUGGCAGCCAAUCUGCAAUGCCAUUGGAAAUUGCUUAUUUUUAUGCUACAUCACUCAUUUCACCUUCCCCUAGACCCAUCUUAGUUCAAUCAGCUGCAUCACCUUUGAACCAUGGAGUAAUAGCUGGGGUCAUCAUAGGUUCUAUUGUGGCAGCUCUGCUGCUUAUUGGCGCAGCAGCCUUGAUAUUCAGAAGAAGAAGAAGAAACAUGCAACUUGCUGGAAUGCCCUUUGGAUACCCAGGCUUGAUUGCAACGCCAUUUCGAUAUCAGGAUGAUAUCAAUAUUCCACUUCAUAGUAAAUCAUCCACUGACCCACCACCCAACCUACAGUCUUUUUAUACAACAACUCUUGACCCUUCUGGUGAACAGGGCACUGCACAAACUGGUGGUGAUCCAGCAAACGGAUUGGCCAAUUUGAAACUCCAGCAGCGGCUUGCAGUUUUGCAAGGUGAAAUUGCUCAUCGCGAUCGCCUGCUUGCGGAGGGGUCAGUUCAGCAAGAAAGAGCAUUCACUGUUCAUAUAGACAGUGGCUUGCGGCAAAUCGGGGAGGAGGAAGUGAAUCUUGGAAUGAUUGAGGUUCCGCCUGGUUAUACGGUUGAUUGAUACAAUAUUUUGUGAGGAGAAAGUAGCUAGAGAGUAGAGACCGAGUAGCCCAAGCAGUAGCCGCUACGCGAGCGUUUACACCGUCCAAGAUUAAGCGCUCGCAAUACACACUCUAUCUUUUCCACAAUGAAGCUUUGAAUAUAUGAAGAAAACAUGCUUUACAUAAAGGGACGAUGCUCUCUGGAACUACCAUACUCAGUACUAGCAGAUUGCGAUAGUCUGUUGAAAGACAAUUGGUGACAUUUUUCCGCAUGACCAUUCGUUCAUAAUCUCGUUGAGAAAACUCGUCGCCUCGAAAUUCUAUCCCGGAAGAACUCAGAAGAUGCAAUGCGCUGUCAGACGGUGUUUUCUCGGUGGAAAGAUGAUAUAUAAGAACUGUGG